CAGCACACAUAUGGGAUCGGAAAGGGAUCGUAACCGUAACGCCUUUCGCCUCGCUGUCAACCAGGCGUCAACCUACCGUAUGCACGUAACGAAAACGUAUCAGCAGCGCCUGUACGUCAACUCGGCUACGGCUAGGCGACACCGCGCUUACGCCUCGCCGCCCCCUGGCUGACCUGGUUGGCACCAGAUCAGUUUGAAUCCAAACGUUAAGUGUAGCGCACGGUUAUGUCUUGGUUUACAAUACGUGAGUUGGCUAUCAUAGCCAUAGCACUUGAUGAAGAGGAAAAAGAAAAUAGCAAGAAAAAAAGAAAAAGAUAUUGGGUACACAGUAUGAAUAAAGCAAGGAGUACUGAAGGGGAAUUUCGGACUAUAAAAAAACAUUUGAUGGAUGAUGAAGAGAAAUUUUAUAUUUAUUUUCAUAUGCCGAAAUAUCUCUUUUAUAACAUAUUGCAGUCUAUAGAUGAAUGUAUAAGGAAGAAGAAUACAACAUUCAGAGAAACAAUAUCGCCCGAAGAAAAACUAGCUGUAACGUUAAGGUACUUCAUAACUGGAUCUACAUUUACUAAUUUAUCAUCGAGCUUCCGUUUAGGAGAAUCAACUAUUCGUUUGAUAGUAAUAGAUGUGUGCAAUGCAAUAAUAAAUAAAUUAAUGCCAAUUCAUAUACCUCAACCAACUACAGCCACAUGGCAAGGAAUCGAAGAAGGAUUUAAAAAUAAAUGGAACUUUCCGAAUUGCAUAGGCGCCAUUGACGGCAAACAUGUAAAUAUAAUUGCACCUCCCAAUAGUGGAUCGUUGUUUUUUAACUAUAAAAAAACAUUUUCUAUUGUUUUGUUAGCUAUAGUUGAUCCUGAAUACAGAUUCAUAGCGGUUGAUGUAGGAGCCUAUGGAAAAAACAGCGAUGGCGGAAUCUAUUCAUCAUCUACAUUUGGAAAGGCACUUGAAAGAAACACAUUCAAUAUUCCAUGUGACAAACCAUUACCAGGAACUAAUCAUGCAAUGCCACAUGUAUUUGUGGGAGACGAGGCAUUUCCAUUGAAGACAUAUUUAUUAAGACCAUAUCCUCGCUUAAAUACACGGAGACUAUCAGAUCCUACUGAUACUGAACGGCAAUAUAAUUACCGCUUAUCACGAGCUAGAAGGGUUGUUGAAAACGCUUUUGGAAUUUUAUAUCAAAAAUUUGCGAUUUACAACAAAAAUAUUAAAUUGCAUCCAAAGUUUGUAGAUAAAGUGGUAUUAACAACUUGCAUUUUACAUAAUAUGAUGAGGACAUAUAACAUUGAGAUGAAUUUACAGGAACCGAACAGAACAGAACAGGAAAUUACAGUUGAAUUCGGCGAAGACCGAUUGUUAAGUGAAUUACCAAGUAUUAGUGGUGCCCAUAUGGCUACCGCUUUUAAUGUACGUGAAAAGUUCAAAACAUAUUUUCAAACUUCUACCGGACGAGUUCCAUGGCAGUAG